AUGAAGGGCCGCGCGAUUGACGAGCUCGUCUACGAGUUCAUGUUCCCCAAGCCACGGACGAGCGACCCGCAAAACUUCCAGACUCUCCUCCACCGACACCUUAUCCUCGAAGUUCGUCAGGAAGUCCAUGCCUUCUACGGACAUCUCGACACCCAGGAAGCCAAGUACCCUGGCUUGGACUACUGUCACCGCAUCCACCGCAUCAGACUCAGCCGCUGGCCAUGGCACCGACGUCUCUUUCGGGCAUUCGACGGUUUGCGCCUCACCAACUCCGAGAUUGCAGGAUUGACCAAGUGGGAGGGCACCAAGUGGGCGAAAGAGCGGUUCGAGCGAGAUUCGGGUGUCAUCAUUCGGGACACGGCAGCAGAUGGCAUACCAGAUUGGGUCGAACCCGAGGACAGACCUCAACCGACAGAAGACUCGGCCGACGAAAAUAUGGAAGGCGAAGAUGAUAGCGAGGAAGAGCUGACGAGUAUCGGCGUUCCCCUGAACGAGCAACUCUUUGAGCGAGCAGCACGCCACGAGGCUGGCGAUACGUCCGAACCGCUCGACGAGGAAUGGGAGCAGUGGCUGAAGACCGCUAUAGAUUCCGGCCAGUUCCCUUUCCUCACGGACGAGGUUUUGGAACAGUCGAGCGAUGCGCACCUUAUCCCCCAGGCCCUGUUUCCGCCGCGUAUGCUCAGCGCGGCCAGAGCGGGCCACUGGCAGGAAAUCCCAGACAUUUUCCAUGGCAUGCUCCGCCAAAUCCUAGAACGCGAAGCAGUCAAUAGGAGCUUGGCAUUGUCGGGUUCGGAACCGUCUGAAACUCGCUCGUCGACGUCGAUCGAGAGCAUCAUGAGCAGGAUUGGCAACUGGCGUCGCACCUACUCCAAUCUUCGCCUUCCGGUAGCCGAAGCAAGCAGCAAUGUCACUUCCGAGGUACGACUCCAGCGUACCGCCCAACCUGGUGCAUAG